AUGUCGCGGGCUAAAGAGUCAUAUAUCGACGAGUGUGCUAUUGGAACACAUGACUGCAACACUGAUGCUGUGUGCAUCAAUACAAAGGGAUCGUUCAACUGUACAUGUAAACGUGGAAAUUCUGGAGAUGGAAGAACUUGCAAAGGAUCAAUUUCAAACUGCAACGAAGCCCAUAACCUUAAAUUUGAUAGUGGCGUUGUUAUGCUCCAUAUCGACUCUACACCAAUUUCCGUUUUCUGUCACGUGGACGAUUUCGGCUGUGGAGAUGGAGCGUGGACCCAGGUUAUAAAGAUUGAUGGCAGUAAGCGAACUUUUCAUUACGAUUCUGGUUUUUGGAGCAACAACGUAGCGUAUAACCUUCCUGGAGGAGAGACUGGGUUUGACACAUUGGAGACCAAGUUACCGACCUACUGGAACACAUCCUUCUCCAAGAUCUGUCUUGGUAUGACGAUUAACGAACAGCUUAGGUUUAUUGUCAUCAACAGGCAAGCCAAUUCGCUGUACUCAUUGAUCGCCGAUGGACAAUACUGCUCCACCUCAUUGGGCCGUGAUACGUGGAAGUCACUGAUUGGUUCACAAGGCUCUUUACAGGCUCACUGUAAUAAAGAGGGGUUCAACCUUGAACCGGAGGGUGCUUUCUGGAAGAAUAAAGGUUGUAAAGCAAGGAUCGGUAUUCUCACCAACAACCAAAAUAAUUGCGGUGACGUUGAGUCCAGAAUCGGGUUUGGAACAGGCGGGCCGCGCGAUGACAACAACACGUGUGGAAUCGAUGCUACGGGGUUACCACUCGAUAAUGGCGAGAGACGCAUCAAAGCCAUGGGAUAUAUCCUGGUGCAGUGACGAAAAAAAGGAGUAAACAAACUGGUAAACAAUGUUUGCAGCGUCUCCUUCAUCAACAACCACAACCAAAUUUACCAGUUUAAAGAUAACUAACUAAAUGAACAGUGAUCUUGAAUUAAAAACUCACAUUUGCACGAGAAGCUCCGUUUCUUUGUCAAUUUCAUAUUUUUCGGACAAUUUCUUUGCCUUGGACAUCUAUCAGCUUCCUGAAGUGAUUUAUAUACAAAAUAUUCAGAACAUAACUCCUCAGGAACUGAGGGUACAUCACGGUAUCUUGAUCACAUUUCCAAAUGUACAUACCAAUAACCAGAGAUUAACUGCGUCACGAAGGAUAAGCAUUAGACACGUAUAAAUCGCUGAUUGGUUCACAAGACUCCUUACAGACUGAUCAUAAUAAACAAGGGUUUUAUCUUGAUCCGGAGGGUGCCUUCUGGAAGAGCUUGUAAAGCAAGUAUCAGUAUUUUCACCAAAAACCAAAAUAGUUGCGAUGACAUUGAGUCUAGAAUCGGGUUUGGUACAGGAGGGCCGAGGGAUAGCAACCAAACCUGUGGAAUCAAUGCUUCCAGAUGAACCCCCGAUAGCAAGGUGAGAAAGUCACGGGUUACAUCUGGGUGCAGUAAUGAGAGAAAAAGAAAACAAACUGGGAUGAACAACAUAGUUAUCAUCACUCUUGCCGAAAUUAAACAACGAAAACAUACGUUCUUAUACACCGAAUGCAAAUAUGGCGGACAACUCGGGUGGACAGGGCCGACUUGCGCUAAGUCGAGGCUAGUAAAGCCACGGCUUUUCCAUGUUGUUUUGGUUUUCACAAAUGGCUGCAAGUGUGCUAACCCAGGACGAUAUUCCGAGAGCUUCUCUCGCUGAAAGAGAGCAUCAGGCCUUAAAAUGCGAAGAACUUCGUUUUUGGCUCAAAUGUAGAGGCGAUUCAUUAAAGGAGUUGAAAAAAAAGUAGCGCUAGUGAAGAGCUUAGGCGCAAGAUCGCUUCGUGUUUCGCUAUAACUUGUCAAAAUAUCACACCAAUACGUGUGAAAAAUCAGAUUUUACGAGCUAAAAGUAGCUUUCUUUUCGCUCUUAAAAGGUCGAAGAAUAUAUUAAAACUGGCCGAGACCAAAAUACAGUUGAUCCUGAUCCUCUCAAUGUGUAUAUGCUGUAGGUCAAUUUUAUCCUUGGUUCAGAUUUCAUUUUCCUUUG